UUUUUAGGCCAUAGCAUGAAUAUUUUUUAGGAUUAAUUAACGUGCAUGAAUUUUUUCAUUUAAUUUUCCCUUGCGUUGCGCGAAUAUUUUUUUGUACUUCGCCCGCCCCCCCAUAAGUUUUCUAAUGAUCCGUCCCUAAACCAUUUCAGUUCAAAUUGCAACUUGUUGAACGACGGCAAUAAAAACAGCUGUUUUCUGUUUAUUCAAAAGGCAAGCUGAAACACCAAUCAGUGGUUAUGUUUAGCGCUGUUGAUCCUUGUUAUACCUCAGGUUUUAUUUAGAUCAUUGCAAAGCCCUUUGGAAAAUACCAGACUAGUACAUUUUCGGAAAAUCAUACUGAACGGCAACACAAAGUACAUUUACAAUAAGCGUUGUCAUGCACAUUUUUUAUCUUUAGUGGCUUGUGGCUUUGAAAAACGGAAGAUGCAGCUUGAUACUAGCAGCCCUAUCCAUGAUGUCCCUUGCAAAACAAGUGAUUGUGUUCUCCCAGAGUGUAUCAACUCGAAGAUGCAGACCAUGAAAAGUAAUCUGGACUUUAAAGAGGCAAAUAAUCAACCAUUCAAGUAGGUGAACACUUCUUCCCUCUUUUCUCAGACUUUAUCUUAACUUAACAUCUACCGCAAUGGUCUCGUCAUCGUUUCGCACCGCCUUCGUUUUUGCUCGGGGAAAGGGGGGUGGGGGGCAAACUAAUGUUUUUAUAUUCAGUUUCACUUGCGUCGGUACCAGCAUUUCUGUGGUUUAGUUGCUUGUCCUGCAUCUCAAUUUACGUCACGGAAAGGCCACUCCACGAAAACGCCUUUAUCAAAAAUAGGUUCUAAAUGUAUUUUUGGCAAUUUUAUAAAAUUAUUAAGUUAGCGGCUAUCCGGCCCUCACCCCCGCCAGGCUAAUUUGUGGCCAGUUGUAAGAAUCCUUGCGGAUAAAUUGUCAGUAAAUCAUUGUUAACAGAACCUCUUUGUGGUGGCCUUUAUCUUAUCAUCACCCAAGCUCACACGGUAGUACAGGCUCGACCGGAUUAUUUAGAUGAGACAAAAUACUUAACUGUACUGUCUCUACUCGUUUCGCCAGUUUUCAUAGUAUGAUAAGUGCAGAAAAUCUCGCGAGUUCAUUUGUCGACAGUUGUUGACUCCAGGAGUAUAAAGAUGACGUAAUGAUGGUGGAUUUCGAAUUCCUUCUCUGGCCGUCGCUCGCAAUUUUCCAAGAAUGUUGAGAGUCCCAAUAAGACGUACAAAAACUUUUAACGUUAUUGUAAAAAUCGAAUCAACCAUGGCUACUCUGAUCUGCGAAAUGACGUCAUAAUGUUCAAAAUUUGUUGUGACAUUUGAUUAUUGUAUCACUUAACAUUAGGAAACGCAAAGAUCGGAACACAAGUAUGGCGGCGUUCACGCCAGCUAGCCAAACUGCUGAGAAAGACUGGGAGCAGGAUCUGGCGGACAUCCUUAACAUUCUGGAGGAAGAAAAUUCUACGAGCUCCUCUCAUCUGGGGGACAAUUCUGUAGUGAACCGGCUCGAUGAAAUUAAUCAAGGGCAGUUGUCAUCAUCACCUUUACAACACGCUAUUGGCCAAGAGGUAAGCUUCCUCCAGACGACUCGCCCGUUGGCUAUUCACAACUCACGAGUUAGCCAGAAGGAAUUGCAAAUUCAACGCACCGUAAACUUCCUAAGAGCUUCAGGUAUCAGCACUGAACUGAAGACCAAGUCGAAUGAUUCUGCUUUUCCAGGAAACGAGCACCUGGAAGUCAUGCUGAUAGAUUCAAGGAAAGGUGGUCAUGUUGUUCCCAACAGCACGACAGAUAAAGUCAUUCAGCCCGCAAUCAGCGCUUGUCCAAUAAUUUCCGAUACUUCGUUUAAAAUGGAUUACGAAAAUCCCAAUGGUGUGAAACGACCAAUACAAGAGGAGAUUGGCUUCGAGAAAAAUGGGAACGUCCCAACGAUUAAGAGAAAGCGAAGAAUUCCACAACCAGCAAAAAUCAAGUUGUUUGAAAUUCUUUCUAUGAUACUUCAAGCCCUUGCAAACCCACAGAUGACAGAAUCCAAAGAACAUGAAAUAUAUGUCGUGCUUCAGAAGGCACAUACAGAGAUUCAAAGGAUGCAAGAAGUCCGAACUACCCAUCCUUGA